UCUCUCCACUCAUAAAUCACAACCCCAAACUGUGUACUUGUUUCAUUUGCAAAAAUGGAGAACUCGUUGCCAUUGACGUCGGCAGCGAAAGGAAGCGAGAGAAGAGGCGUCGGAAGAUCUUCUGCGUACUUUUCUUCGUCGUCUUCUUCGAAGCCUUCUCUACUUUUAGCUUUCCUCUCUUGCGUCGCUUGGCUUUAUGUCGCUGGCAGGUUGUGGCAGGAUGCUGAGAACCGAACUUUACUGUCAAACCUUCUUCAGAAAAACUCAGCUCAGAGACCAAAAGUUCUCACAGUAGAGGAUAAACUAAUGGUGUUAGGAUGCAAAGAUUUGGAGAAGAGAAUUGCUGAAGCUGAAAUGGACUUGACGCUGGCUAGGAGUCAAGGAUAUUUAAGAAAUCAACAGAGAAAAGAUGGUUCUACUGAUAAGAAGCUUCUUGCUGUUAUCGGAGUUUACACUGGAUUUGGAAGUCGUUUAAAGCGCAAUACUUUCCGGGGCUCGUGGAUGCCUGGAGGUGAAAAAUUAAAAAAACUUGAGGAGAAAGGAAUAGUCUUACGUUUUGUAAUUGGUCGGAGUCCAAAUCGAGGUGAUAGCUUGGAUCGGAAUAUUGACGAGGAAAAUCGCCGAACUAAAGAUUUUUUGAUUCUUGAAGGACAUGAGGAGGCCCAAGAAGAGUUGCCUAAGAAAGCAAAAUUCUUCUUUAGUACAGCUGUACAAAACUGGGAUGCUGAAUUUUACGUAAAAGUUGAUGACAACAUUGACCUUGAUCUCGAUGGGUUGAUUGGACUUCUUGAGAGCCGGCGUGGUCAGGAAAGUGCAUAUGUUGGAUGUAUGAAGUCAGGAGAAGUGAUUACAGAAGAGGGAAAACAGUGGUAUGAGCCAGACUGGUGGAAGUUUGGUGAUCAGAAAUCGUACUUUCGACAUGCAUCCAGUUCGCUUUUUAUAUUGUCCAAAAGUUUAUCAGAAUACAUUUUCGUAAACAGUGUAUCUUUGAAGGUGUAUGCGCAUGAUGAUACUUCUGUUGGUUCGUGGAUGAUGGGCUUGCAAGCUACCUACAUAGAUGAUAACCGUCUUUGUUGUAGUACCAACCGACAAGACAAGGUGUGCUCUGUGGCUUGAUCACAAGUCGCUCUCGUAUAGUUGGUAUAUUUGGUGCAUUAGAGUUUCUCCUACAUUUUCAUACCUAUACAGGCGGAAGCAUAUACAAUUCUUUAUAGAGCAAGAGUAUAAAAGCUUUUCUAGGCCAUAACAUAUGUAUGUAUUCUGCAUAUUGUAGCCCCUUCAUGAAUUUAGAUCCAACAAAAAUUUUCCUGUCUUCCGCUUGUCUUGGGUAAAUAAGUAAAAGCAGUUGAGCC